AUGGCCCCCCCGCCUAAGGGCCCCCCCGCCCGCAAGCUGCUCUGCAUGUGCAGCCUCUCGCUCUGCCUCACCUACGCCUGCUACAGCCUCAUGGGCGGCCCCGGCGCCCUCCCCUCGUCCCCGCUCGCCCCGCAGGGCUCCCCGCUCAGCCCCUCUGCCGCCGACACCCCUCCGCCGCGCAACGGGAGCCCCGCGUGGCUACGUACCCCUUCGCCGCCCUCUGUCUCCGAGGCCACCGAGCCCAGCCGCGCCUGGACCGAGACAGACCCACCCUCAGCCAGCAGCCCCAGCAGCGCCCCGGACCGGGACCUCGGUGUUGGCGGCGACAGCAGCAGUAGCAGCGCCAGCGUUGCUGCCGCCGCGGGCUCCGAAGCUGCCGCCGCCGCUGCCACCGCCACGCCGGACUACGGGGAGAAGCGGCUGCCGCAGGCGCUCAUUAUCGGCGUGAAGAAGGGGGGCACCCGCGCUCUGCUGGAGGCGCUCCGAGCGCACCCCGACGUCCGCGCCGUGGGCACCGAACCCCACUUCUUCGACCGCAACUACGAUAAGGGCCUCGACUGGUACAGGUGAGCAGCGCGCGGGCGCGGGAAGGGGGCACUCGCCGGGUAAAGGCGCCCAGAGGUUGCGCUGGCACCGAGGAAGAGCGAGCAUGGGGGUCCACCUCACUCAGUAUUGUCCACACGGGCUGGCGGCAGCUCUCCGGUGAUCCAGACAGGAUCCGUUUUGCAGCCUGACCCGGAGAUGCUGCCGCGGAUUGAAACGGGGCCUUUCUGCUCUGGCUCGGAGUAAUGGCUAGGACUUUCCGGCGGCCGGCCUUGAGCCUCCUGGUGGUGGCCAGAAAGCGGGGCCCAUGUCGCCGCAAGGUCCCUGGGCCAGGGCGAUUGGAGCUUGCCCCCUCCGGAACCAAGCUUAGCCCUGGGUGGGUGGCGGGCUCCGUCCCUCCGGGACAGGAAUGUCGCCUCCGAGGGUUCGAUUUCUCCUUGGGGCAGUUCACCUUCGCGAGUGGCAGGGCUUUUGCCGCCACGUGUUGCCCUACACUCUUGGCUUGGGAAUCCCAAGGGAGAAAGUUCGUUCUCUCCCGGCGCUUUAGGGCAGCCUCUGGCUCCCACUUGCUUAGACGUGUUACCCUGCAAGCCAGGAACCUAGGCUGGGAAAAGACCACCUCCCCGAGAGGCUAGGUGAUGUGGUCUGAGAGCUGCUCCCGCCGCGGAAGGGUAUCAAAGCAAGCGAGGCGUGGAGCUUGUUUGCGCAGCGCUGUCCAUGGUCCUGAAAGCCGCCCUGUUGUGGAGAAGGGACCAGCAAUGCUUGGGAGAGCCGAGGGCCGAGUGCAAAGCUUGUGACGGGCCAAAAGACCUGAGCGACUCUCCCUGCCCAUGA